UCUGUCGAUGUUUCCUGAUGUUUGAUGCUGCUUUGAGAGUCUUUGCUUGUCCACAUUGAUUGCUCAACUUUGUCGUUGAAAGGUUGGCGUGUCCUCCAGCCACGCUCUCAUGCUUCGGUGUCAGACAAGGCUGCUGGGCUGCUGGGCUAUUUCGCCUCGGCAAGCUGUUGAUUGAGUUUCGGAAGUCGGGUCGAUGAAGUUUUAAGCACAGAAGUACAAAAUAUUAACAUGUAUCUUAGCGAACCAACUCGAUCUACUGCUCUCGAGAUUCUCCCGCAAUGCCGGCUGUGCCUGAUGACCCGACCGCACCGGUCAUAUACCGCAGGUCGGGGGAGCCUCCUUUUCCCACGGCUGGAAGCCCCUUUCCAAUUGAUAUUGUCUCUCGCCAAGUCACACUGCGAGACAGAAUCACCGUUGCUAGCAUCGUGCCAUUUUCAUCGUCAAGCGAAGUGCCAGUCUCACUCCUUGCUUACCUGUGCGAGGAGUUGAACAAGGAAAUCGAAAAAGGCGACACGUAUCCUAUGAUUGAUCCGAUGACACUAGAGACCUUUGGACCUUACUGGUUUGCGAACUUCGGAGCCGUAAUGCUGCUAGGUGACGUUGACAACGCCGCUGAUUUGCGACGGAUGGCUCAUAAGGGCUGCGACUGGCAUAAGGAGUGUCUUGGGAGUUUCUACAUCAAGCCCAAUUACCCUGGAAGGUCGAGUCAUGUCUGUACUGGCGGUUUCCUUGUGACGGAUGCCUCGCGAAAUCGAGGCGUUGGAAGACUCAUGGGAGAAGCGUAUUUGGAAUGGGCUCCAAAGCUAGGCUACACCUACUCGGUCUUCAAUCUUGUCUAUGAGACCAAUGUAGCGUCCUGUAAAAUUUGGGAUGCCUUAGGCUUCAAGCGUAUCGGCCGAGUGAAAGGUUGUGGAAACCUCAAAUCGUCUCCCGACCAGUUGGUGGAUGCAAUCAUCUACGGUCGGGAUCUAGGGCUAGAAGGAGACGAGUUUGUCACCGAGGAGAGAUUCGACAAGAUCAAGUUCUACCUUAGGCAUGGGAAAUAUCCUAACGGAGCCGAUCGUGCAGAGAAGAGUCGGCUUCGUAGUGCUGCCACACACUACAAGCUGAUACCUGCCAUCGACAAUGAGCCCGAGAAGUUGAUGUUGAAAGACAAGGAAGUCAUAUCUGAUCCUCUGCGUCAAUAUGAAGUCGCUCGACAGAUUCAUCUGAUGCACCAUGGUGGCAUUAACAAGUCGACAGCUUCGAUUGCAGACAAAUAUCAUUGGGUUCGGAUCAAAGAGACUGUCAGUCUUGUUAUCAAGAAUUGUCCGGAAUGCAAGGAUUCUGCUGCCAAAGCUGCAUCUAAAGGAGAGCCUAUUCCGAGUCGGAAAGACGAUCCGUCCCCGGUACCGCGAGAUCUCGAGGAGAGAGUUUCGGAGACUCCUACCCAGCCAGAGCCGAUCCCGACUGAAUCCAACGGGUUUAUCCCGGCAACUCAAGAGUCAUUCGCUAUGCGGGACGCUCAAACAGACAUGCAUGACACGCAUGAUCCACUGUCUCACAGUCAAAUAUCCUUUCCGAAUGACGAGGAGAUCAGUUUCUCUCCUAUGCCGGAGAUCGUACACUAUGAAGUUCCAUUGGACCCAAGAUUAAUUGCGGAAAUGGACUCGACAUUCGAUACCUUCGACCAAGCUACAACCCAUCAACAGCAAGAAGCAGCACUUGGUCACGACCUCUCUGGUAUGGACGGCCUUGCUGGGAUGCCAACCGACCUCUCUGGGGACUUCAACCAAUCAUCAACCGCUCAUCUUUCAUGGUCCCAACAACUAGCGCUCCAUAACCUCUCCGAUCCCACAGGGCUAGUUAUGGAUUCUACUCCCGAUGACACAGCAUUCGCAGAAGCCAUACAAAAUGCCUCGUUCAUGACCUUCGCGGACCCAGACGAACCAUACGAUCAACACCAGAUACCAACCAACCACGAUGACGCCGCUGCAAUGUCACAGAAUGUCAUGGUUUCGGGGCUACACAUGAACUCUCACAACGUGGAUGAUCAGAACAUGUCGCAUAUGGCUGAUCAAAGUAGCUCUCACGGAUGAAGACGACCUAGUCUAAAAAGCGAGUUUGAGCUCUUCUUUCACCAGUUGGCCACAAUGGCGAAGAUCAAGGAACGAAAGUCUACACUAGUUGGCAUGAUAGUAUCUAGGAGAGCAUCUAUGCAAUGACGACGCCCACAUGGGGAAGAGGUCUAGUCGUCGCGACUUAAGCCAUCUUAACCGACACAUGAAUACAUGCUACUCUCGAUCGGCUCCCCAUACUGCAAAUACAUCGGCACCGUCCCCGCCCAAACCCCACCGGUGACCUCCUCGUCCUUCAAAUCAUGCCGGUCAUCACUCGGUCCCCCAAUGCGG